AUGUCAAAAGGAAACCAGAAGACUCCGUCCAGAAACAGUCAACAACUAGAACAAAUUCACUUCAGAUUGAACUCCUACUUCACUUUCUUAUCAUCCAGGAAACACAUUGUUACAAAGUUUGAAACAUUGAAACAACCAGUGGAAAAGACAAUCAAAAGAGAUCUCACCUAUGAAGAUGUUGCAAAGCUCGUUGCGUUGCUGCCUAAUGAUUUGGUAUUUCGUUAUGUUGAUGAAAAUCAAGUCACCGUGGAGAAAAAACAAUUUGAAUGGUCAAAGGGGUAUAUACAACAUGAUAUCGAUAUGUUCAAGCUCAAGGACAUGGAACAGACUCAACAAAUAUUGAUUCUGGAGUUUGUUGAUGGUGAUUUAUCAAAAUCAAAGACUAAAUCUGCUUAUUAUACUGAGAUGAAGUUACCUACUUACACACCAGAAUCAAUGAAAAAGCUUAUAGCUAAACGAGAUGGGAAGUUUAUAAAAGCUGCUAAUGAUUUUCUGAAAACUUCUGAGGAAGAAGGUGAAGAUGCUGAAUCAAAAUUAACUCAAUUGGCACAAUCCAAAAUACCCAGAACAAGAGAAUUUGUUGACCCUAUUGAACAAAUGAUUGCCAAUAGAAGAGAGGAGGCUAGUGAUGAAAGACCAACAAUCCCUGAUCUAAUAGAAAAUAUCAAAACAACCAACUACAAACAACAAAUAGCUGGGUCUUUUGUAUUGCCAGAAAGAGUCGCUCUUUAUGAAGAUUUAGAUUUUGAACUAUCAGAAAAUCUUACAACUUCAUUAGAUAUUAAGGGGUUUUAUUCACAUCAAGCAGAAGCAUUAAAUGCAAUUCAUAGAGGUGAAAAUGUCAUUAUAUCCACUUCAACAUCUUCUGGUAAAUCAUUAAUUUAUCAGAUCCCAGUUUUAAAUAUUUUAGAGAAUGUGCCACAAUCAACAGCAAUGUACAUUUUCCCUACAAAGGCUUUGGCACAAGAUCAAAAGAGAUCAUUCCAAACAUUGAUGAACAAAAUGGGGUUACAUGCCCUAGUGGAUACUUAUGAUGGGGAUACCGAAAGUGAUAAGAGAGCAAACAUUAAGCACAACGCUAGAGUGAUUUUUACGAAUCCAGAUAUGUUACACACCAGUAUAUUACCGAACCACCAGGCUUGGAGGCACUUUUUACUACAUUUGAGAUUUGUCGUGAUUGAUGAGUUGCAUAUUUAUAAAGGUUUGUUUGGGUCUCAUGUUGCUUUGGUCAUGAGAAGGCUAAGAAGAAUGUGUUCAUUUUUAGGUAAUGAUAAUUUACAAUUCAUUUCAUGUUCGGCAACUUUGAAAGAUCCUAUAAGGCAUAUGAAUGCAAUUUUUGGUGUCGAAGAUCAAGAAAUUACACACAUACACAAAGAUGGUUCACCAACAGGUCAAAAACAUCUAGUUGUUUGGAAUCCUCCUUAUAUAAAUCCAAAUGAUUUAUCAAGUGGUCGUGAGAACUUUAUUCAUGAAACUGCAAAGAUCUUAGUCAAAUUGGUGUUGAAUAAUGUUAGAGCUAUUGCUUUCUGUUAUGUUCGUCGUGUUUGUGAACUUUUGAUGAAGGAGGUUAGAAACAUAUUUCUAGAGUUGAACAAACCUGAGUUGGUGUCUCAAGUUAUGAGUUACCGUGGUGGUUAUUCAGCCUCUGAUAGACGUCAAAUUGAACAAGAAAUGUUUCAUGGAAAUUUAUCUGCAAUCAUUUCCACUAAUGCAUUGGAAUUGGGUAUAGAUAUUGGUGGUCUAGAUGCAGUUUUAAUGUGUGGGUUCCCCUUAUCUCUAUCAAAUUUUCAUCAACAAAGUGGUAGAGCUGGUAGACGUAAUAAAGAUUCAUUAACAUUGGUUGUUGGGAGUGAUUCACCUGUUGACCAACAUUAUAUGAAACACCCUGAACUUCUAUUGGAUAGGGAGUUUCAGGAUUUGAUUCUAGAUUUCGAUAACAUAUUGGUUCUUGAAGGUCAUUUACAAUGUGCUGCUUUCGAACUUCCAAUUACUGAUGACGAUGAAAAAUAUUUUCCAAAUAUGUCAAAAGUUUUAAACAAAUUGGAGAGAGACUCACAAGGGUAUCAUUGCUCUGCGAGGUAUUUACCAUGGCCUUCCAAAAACGUCUCCAUUAGAGGUAUAGAAGAAGAUCAAUAUGCUGUUGUUGACAUUACAAACAAUAGAAAUGUUGUCAUUGAAGAAAUAGAAGCGUCGCGUACAAGCUUCACACUAUACGAAGGCGGUAUAUUCAUCCACCAAGGGUAUCCAUACCUUGUUAGAGAGUUCAACUCUGAUGAACAUUACGCAAAAGUCGAAAGAGUUGAUGUUGAUUGGGUGACCAGUCAACGUGAUUUCACAGAUGUUGACCCGAAAGAAAUUGAACUAGUUCGUUCUAUGGAGGGCAGUGAUGUUCCAAUAUAUUUCGGAAAAAUUUUGACGACAAUAGUUGUUUUUGGGUUUUUCAAAGUUGAUAAGAACAAAAGAAUUUUGGAUGCUGUCGAAGUGCACAAUCCUCCAAUUUUAAUACAUUCUAAGGGAUUUUGGAUUGAUAUUCCAAGUAAAGCAUUAGAUCUGAUUACAUAUAAAGGAUUAAGCUCUGCUGGUGGUAUUCAUGCUGCUCAACAUGCAAUCAUGGGGCUGUUACCUCUUGUGAUUGUUAGUGGUGUCGAUGAAAUUCAUACAGAAUGUAAGGCUCCGGAAAAGGAAUUUGCAGAAAGACAAACCGCUAGAAAAAGACCAGCAAGACUUAUUUUCCAUGAUUCAAAAGGUGGUAAAUAUGGAUCUGGGUUGUCCAUCAAGGCAUUUGAACAUGCACAUACUUUAUUGGAAGAUGCUCUUAAAAGAGUUUUAGAGUGUCCAUGUGAGUGGGGCUGUCCAGAUUGUGUUGCUGCUGCAUUUUGUAAAGAAAACAGUUUAGUGUUAUCAAAACCUGCAGCUCUGAUAAUUCUGUAUGUCGUUUUAGGGAAAGAAUUUGAUUUGGAUACUAUUUCUGAUGGCCCUGAACCCAAUAUGCCUGAAAUUAAAGUCGAAACUAUUGUUCCUGCUGGGUUACCUGUGAAGUUUGCAGCGGACGUUCAAAUUAUUGAUGUUCGUGAAGCUGAAAAGCCUUUGAGUUCUGGUGAGAUUAAGGUCAAAGAAGAAGAAAAUGAUGGUGAUGGUACAGAUCAUGAUUUAUUUACGAAACUAUAA